UAGAAAAAUGAAACACUGAUACUCUCGCGCUCGUGAUUACAAUGCAAUUUCUUCGAAACUAGGGUUUAUUCUUCUUCUUCUUCUUAUUCUCUUUGACCAAUGGUCGGAAAAACCAUGGCCGCGACAUCGCGCGAAAAGCUCGCGAGUCUCUUGAACUCUGCCAAGUUGGCCAUCGACAUUCCCUCCAAGCUCGAAUCGUUGCGUCAACUGAGGUACGAGUUUCCUCAGGAAGACCCCGUUAUUCUCACCGAGUUCCUCCCUUCCCUCUUCGAGUUCCUCUCUGAUCGCUUCAGUCCCGUUCGCAAAUUCGUCACCGAGAUGCUUGGUGAGAUUGGAUUGAAGAACACCGAGUUCUUGGCUGAAAUUGUGCCUGAGCUGAUUGCCGUCUUGGAUGAUGAAAUGCCACCUGUUGUUCGACAAACGAUACUGUGUGGAAUCGAUUUGUUUCGCUCCACGCUUGAGAAAAUCGCGAUUCAGGGUCUAUAUUCUAGUGAUUUAGACAGUGCACUUCAAUCUGCAUGGACAUGGAUGGUUAAAUUCAAAGACAAAGUACACUCAAUAGCUUUUCAACAUGGAAGUGGUGGUGCAAAGCUGCUGGCACUGAAAUUUGUUGAAACAGUUAUUCAUCUUUACACACCUGAUCCUAAUGGUUCGUCGGAGCCAAAUUCUCAUCAAGCUUCGUACUUUUUUAUAGGAAGGCCCAUGGAAUUUAAUAUAUCAUGGCUGAGGCGGGGUCAUCCUGUACUUAAAGUUGGAGAUUUGUCAAUUGAAGCCAGUCGUAGUUUGGGUCUCUUACUUGAUCAACUCCGGUUUCCAACUGUGAAGUCUCUUAGUAACUCAGUGAUCAUUGUGCUAAUUAAAAGCCUUUCAGCCAUUGCAAUAAACAGGCCUGCAUUCUAUGGCCGUAUCUUGCCAGUUUUGCUCAGUUUGGAACCCUCAAGCUCUGUUGUUAAUGGGGUCUGUGUAUCAGCUGCACAUCUUGCUUUGAAGAAUGCCUUUCUUGCCUGCUCGAAAUGUACACAUCCAAGUGCUGCUCCGUGGAGAGAUCGUUUGGCAGAUGCCUUGAAUGAGAUGCAGUCAGAAGGGAAGGAGGAUCGGGUGUUCCACCUAGUCUCUCCAAGUAAUGGAAGUAUAGAGAGAGUGAAGGAUGAUCAACCAAUUAUCAAGGAAGAAAAACCUGCAAUAAAUUUAUGUGAUUCAGCGGAAAGUAAAUUUGCAAGAAAACGAUCAGGAUCACAAAAUGGAGGUGAUUUAGCUGAAGAUGAAGAUGUGCCUGGAAAACGUGUCAGAAAAACAAACAUUGGCUCGAAAGAACCUAAGAAAGAGUUAGAUGAAGGUAUCGCUAUUUCUGAAGAUGACACUCCUUCAACUGUACCAACAUCUUCAAAAGGUGAUGUGGAUAAUGGGCCUGUACAGCAACUUGUUGCCAUGUUUGGUGCUUUGGUUGCUCAAGGUGAAAAAGCUGUUGCAUCUUUGGAAAUUCUUAUCUCAAGUAUUUCUGCUGACUUGCUAGCUGAGGUGGUAAUGGCAAAUAUGCGUUACCUACCUCCAAAUUACUCUAAUGCUGAAGGAGAUGAUGAACAGCUACAUGACAUUAGUUUAAUUGGUUCUGAUGACAAGGCUAAAUAUCCACCAUCAUUUGUAGCUGGUGUUAUGUCACUUUCUAGUACUUUCCCACCAAUAGCUUCACUUCUCAAUGCUCAGCAAUCAGUGUCCAAUGAGAAGUUUCAAGGGGAGGAAGAAAUUUCUACAACUGGAGUAGAUAGUGCUGCUGUGCAUUCUGGCAUGAUCCUUUCGUCUGAAAAUGCACCAUUGCCUACCAUUUUUCCAUCUUCUGAUGUCAGUAUACCUGGAGUGGAGAAUGGCUGCACAACUAUGCCUUCUGACAUCCAUGAUGUUGGAAACUUAGACAGUGGAAUCCCUGGCCUUGAUUCUUUUGGUCGAAGUGAUGUAUUUUCAGAAACUUUGGCUGCUUCCUCAUUGGCUUCCACUGAGAUACAACAAGAAGAUGCCAGUCAAGAGCAAGUUACGAGUUUGGAUCGAAGGUCACCCUUGAACUUAGUUCCAUCAAUAUCAACAGAUAGAUCUGAGGAGCUGAGCCCAAAAGCAGCUGUUACAGAUGUCAAUAGCUUGGUGUCCUCGACAGCUACUUCAGUCAUGUUCCCUUCCCAUUUAGUCCUGCCAAAGAUGAUUGCUCCUGUUGUUGAACUUGCAGAUGACCAAAAGGAUUAUUUGCAAAAGUCAUGUUUUAUGCGUAUCAUUGAUGCAUAUAAGCAAGUAGCUGUUGCUGGAGGCUCAAAUGAUCGAUUUUCAAUACUUUGUUAUGCAGGAGUUGAGAUUCCCUUGGAAUUAGACCCAUGGAAAUUAUUAAAGAAGCAUAUUUUGAUGGAUUACACUAGUCAUGAGGGACACAACUUGACAGUGUGUGUCCUCAACAGGUUAUAUGGUGUGGCUGAAGUGGAGACUGACUUCUUUUCUUCCACAACUGCUGCUUCUGAAUAUGAAACAUUCCUCCUAGCAGUGGCAGAAGCACUUAGAGAUUCCUUUCCUCCUUCAGAUAAAUCAUUAAGUAAAUUGCUUGGUGAAUCUCCGUACUUGCCAAAAUCAGUUUUAAAAAUUUUAGAAAACAUGUGUUCUCCUGGAAAUGGGGAUAAAGUUGAAAAGGAGUCUCACUCACUGAAUGCGGAUAGAGUUACUCAAGGUCUAAGUGCUGUAUGGAGUUUGAUUCUUUUGAGGCCUUCCUUUCGAGAUACUUGUUUAAAAAUUGCUUUACAGAGUGCAGUGCAUCACUUGGAAGAAGUGCGUAUGAAGGCCAUACGUCUGGUGGCAAAUAAGCUUUAUCCUUUAUCAUACAUUUCUCAGCAAAUAGAAGACUUUGCAAAAGAAAUGCUGUUCUCAGUGACGAGUGGUGAUGCAUCUGAAGCAACUGAUGCUGAAGGGUCUAUUGCUGAUUCACAAAAAGGACCUGAUAUUGAUAAGCUUCAAAAUGAACCAUCGUCAUUGAGUGGCAGCACUAAGGAUGUCUCCUCAGAUAAUCGUCAAUCAUGCACAUCUGAGAACUACUUGGCGGCAUUUUCUGAGGCUCAGAGGUGCAUGUCAUUGUAUUUUGCUUUGUGUACAAAGAAGCACUCUCUCUUUCGCCAAGUAUUUGUCAUUUAUAGAAGCACGUCAAAGGCAGUGAAGCAGGCAGUUCAUCAUCAAAUUCCUAUACUAGUGCGCACUAUAGGCUCAUCUUCAGAUCUCCUUGAAAUUAUUUUGGAUCCCCCAAAUGGAAGCGAGGACCUCCUAAUGCCGGUGUUGCAUAUACUUACAGAUGGUACGAUCCCAUCUAAGGAUUUAAUAUAUACUGUGAAAAGGUUAUAUGAUUCAAAACUUAAGGAUGCAGAGGUUCUUAUUCCAAUAUUACCAUUCCUACCAAAAGAUGAGGUAAUGCCGGUUUUUCCUCACAUUGUGAAUCUUCCUUUGGAGAAGUUCCAAGCAGCACUUGGUCGCAUAUUGAAGGGAUCAUCACAAUCUGGUCAGGUGCUUACUCCGGCUGAAGUUUUGAUUGCUAUUCAUGGAAUUGACCCUGAAAGAGAUGGAAUUCGCUUAAAAAGAGUCACAGAUGCAUGCAAUGCUUGCUUUGAGCAGCGGAAAAUUUUCACUCAAGAAGUUCUUGCCAAAGUUUUGAAUCAAUUGGUUGAGCAAAUUCCUCUUCCUUUACUGUUCAUGCGAACCGUAUUACAAGCAAUUGGUGCUUUUCCAACACUGGUUGACUUUAUAAUGGGGAUUCUUUCUCGCCUUGUGAGGAAGCAGAUAUGGAAAUACCCAAAGUUGUGGGUGGGAUUCUUGAAGUGUGUGCAAUUGACGAAUCCUCAAUCAUUUGGCAUUUUGCUUCAGCUACCUCCAGCACAAUUGGAAAUUGCAUUAAAUAGAACUCCAGCACUGAAGGUUCCAUUGAUUGCUCAUGCUAGCCAGCCAGAUAUACAAGCUUCACUUCCCAGGUCUGUGCUCGUUGUUCUGGGACUUGCAUCCGAUUCUCAAGUUUCAAGUCAGGCACAAACUAGUCAAACACAGGCUGGGGAGACAAGCAACUCAGACAAGGACACUGUAACAGAAAAAUCCAAAGAAUCAUCUACAGCGAGCUAAACUGUAAGCAAGCAUGAUUGAGUGGUGGAAUCUACUAGUCAACUGCGAGACUAGACUUAAAUUAGCUUAGACUUAACUUAGAUUAAUUGCUACGACUCUCCCUAGUCUAGGGAAUGAAGAGCCAGGAUUGAUGAAUUGGCCCCAUUGAGAUAGCUAGAUAGUUGGGCCAUGUGCCAAGGAUUGCCCCCCAUUCUAUGUACCUUCGCAUUGGGCAAUAAACUGGCGUGUAAAUAUAUAGUUGGAAUAGUGUAUAUUGGAAUGGAAUAUGUAGUAUCAUAUUUCCUCAAAUUGGUCCCAAUUUUGGUUUUGCUGUAUUGUGUUCCUAUUUCGAAUUUGUAUAUACAUACUUUGAUCCCGUAGUGUAUUUCUUUCAUCUUAAAGGGGUGUUUAGUACAGGAGAAUUUUUUUUUUUUAUUCUGGAAUCAUGAUUAUUGAGAAUAUUGUCAGGAAUUGAGUUUUACGAGAAUAUUACUAAAAAGUUGUUUG